GCCAUUUCUUCUUCUUCUUCUUUUUUUUUUACCAGUUUUGAGUUCAGAACAAUCUGUAUAUAUGGUGUUAUUCUGCUGCUAAUUGGAUCAACGUGUUCUGCUAAUUCUGUUCAUCGGAAUUUUGUAGUUUCAUAUUCACACAUUGAACUUGAAAAACCUUGAUGUAUGGACGAUAUUAAGAAUAUUUAUAAUCCGUGAUCGGUGACUAUGAGUCCGUCAGUCCCUGAAAUGCAGUCCCCGGGUACUCUUCCUACGUCUCCUUUGUCCACAUCUUCUCUUCAAUGACCAAAAAGUUUCCCUCUAUUCGAGUUCUGCCCAGCCCGCUGUACCAAAUUUCCCUCUGCUUUCGAGUUCCCUCUGCAGCUCCGUCCGCCGGCGUCGACUGGAUCUCUUCUCCUCCACCACCGUCGGCCAGUAAGCUUUCAGGGAUGCGUUCUCUUUUUGGGUGCGGUCAGCACAUCACUCGUCUUCCCCACAGCUUUCAUCACAGCUCUGCUGCCGCACCGACCACCACGAGACCAUUGUAAACCGAAGACGCCGCCACCGACCAGGUAAGGAACCGUUACUCUCACCCUCUAUUUUCGAAUCAUUUCCCUAUCCGGGCCCUGUUGAUUUUCUCCCUUCUUUGCCAUUCAUCACAUUUAUGGGCGUAUGUUUGAGAGACAUGCAUGUACAAUCUGAUUUAGGCCUGGCAGGAGAGAAGUAGAGAGCCAAGAAGUACUUGACCGAAGGCCGAGCCAAAAGCAUAUUGCUUUCACAGCAAAAUGUCGGCAAUUCAUUCUUGGCUCAACCCCACUCUCUGUCUCUUCAUGCAAGCACUUCCAACAAAGUGGUAUUCGUCGAUAUUUGUCUAUGCACCAUUUUCACAUGCCACAUGCUAUUCCUCUUUUCAAGUAUAAUUAAGCUUAACCCGAAAAGACCCAAUUCGGCCCUACCUAUUUCCUAUUUUCAACAUAUCAGAGAUGAUUUUUUUUAAUAAAUGGUUCCCUCCCUGCUUAGCAGCAAUGGCAGGAGGAAUAGAAACACAGAUGUCUAUCUGCCCCUUCAAAGCAUCUUAUCUGCUCAAAAUCAUUUUUAUCCUAUAACAAAUAGAAAUCCACUGCCAAAACCUAUAAACAUAGAUAUGUCAUGGCAUGCCAUUCGCCCUGCAGUGUCCAUUAUAGAGCCAAAACAACAAACUUCUCAAGAAAACUUGACUAAGAACAAGAUCAAAAACAUUUCAUCAAACUUCUUACAUGGGACUUUCAUCAAACACAUUUCAUUCAUUGCUUGAAUAAUUGUAAGGAAAUUUCCCAAGACACUUGCCUCCUCCACAAGCUUAUUUCCAAUUUGACAAACAUAAUAUACUCCUUUGCAAAACAAAAUUUCUUCCCCUAUAUCGUUUCUUAAGAUGAAAAUGUACUGUUAAAUCUCGGUUUGUCUGUAUGAAUUAAUACAUAGCAAAUUCUAGCUUAUUGGUAUGUUAAAGACAAUAUUAGAAAUUUGGAAGAAAAUUCUUUCAAAAGAAAAAGAAAUUUGGAAGAAACCAAUGAAAGAAAUUCGGUAUACCAACUUCUCCUGUAAGACCCUUGAGAUUGCACGCUAUGUCUCUGCUCAGUGGCCGGAACACUUUUAGGGACAUCGCACACCACAAGCCUUGAAGGAGGUAAUUAGGGCAAGACGAAGGGGGUGCAGUGUAAAAACCAUCAACUUACUCGAUUAGGGCUCAGGAAGGGUACGACAGCUCUUUUCAUCAGCUCAAGUUUCAGCUCAAUACGCACUGUUUCUAUACAUAUGGUGUCUCCCGCGGUGCCUUUUCCACUUAAAUGAAAUGACUUGUUUCAUACCCUAUGCGGCUGUCUCUACAUCAGGAUUGUGUAGGGUCUCCACUGUGUGGGUACUGCAUUUAGAAUUAUUCCCGUUCCGCUUUCCCUUCCAAGCUUCUUACCAUCUCUCAAAACCAUUGUUUUCCAACUCUGUGUUUCUCUUCCUCUUUUUUUCUUCACUCUCUAUAUAUCUAACUUUCUUUCUUCAAGUUAAAUUAUCGUACAAUCCAUUGAUGCCUAUGGACGCAGCAAGAGAGAGAAGCCCCCUAUCGGCCCCCCUUGGUUGAACUUCCUUUCGUCCUCUCCUAGGGUGGAAGAUGAUUACCCAUUUUUUUCUUUCUUUUCUUUCUUCUCUUCCAUCCAAGAGAACUCCCAACUCAAACCUAAAGCUUUCCUUCACAUUCCUUCAUCCAAGCUCAGUCCAGGCGUUUUCGCCUCACUAUAUGUCAUCAGAGCUAAAGAGGCAACUUAUGAGAUAACAGGAAUGGCGACACAAUCUGAGCGAUUCUCUCUAGAUUUUCUAAUGGGAGGGGUAGCAGCAAUAAUAGCAAAGAGCGCAGCUGCACCAAUCGAGAGAGUGAAACUUUUGUUGCAAAAUCAAGGAGAGAUGAUAAAGAGAGGUCAGCUCAAGAGACCAUAUACGGGUGUUGGCGAAUGCUUUGGAAGGGUCUUGAGAGAGGAAGGCCUGUUGUCUUUCUGGAGAGGUAACCAGGCAAAUGUCAUACGAUAUUUCCCUACUCAGGCUUUCAACUUUGCAUUCAAAGGUUACUUCAAAAGUGUUUUGGGACGCUCAAAAGAGAAGGACGGAUACAUAAAGUGGUUUGCCGGUAAUGUGGCUUCAGGAAGUGCUGCUGGUGCUACUACCUCAUUGUUUCUAUAUCAUUUGGAUUUUGCACGUACUCGACUUGGCACUGAUACAAGGGAUGAUCAACGCCAGUUUAAAGGGCUACUAGAUGUAUACAGAAAAACCUUGUCAAGUGAUGGAAUUGUAGGCCUGUACCGGGGUUUUGGGCCUUCAAUCAUUGGCAUUACUCUGUAUAGAGGCAUGUAUUUUGGGAUCUAUGACACAAUGAAGCCGAUUGUUUUGGUUGGACCUUUCGAGGGUAACUUCUUUGCCAGUUUCUUGCUGGGUUGGAGCGUCACAACAGUCUCUGGCAUCUGUGCAUAUCCCUUCGACACUCUGCGACGGAGAAUGAUGAUGACCUCUGGACAACCUGUAAAGUAUUGCAAUGCCAUGCAUGCUUUCCUUGAGAUCAUUCGCCUUGAGGGUUUCAUAGCGCUGUUCCGUGGAGUUACCGCAAAUAUGCUUGUGGGGAUGGCAGGGGCCGGUGUACUUGCAGGAUACGAUCACCUUCAUCGAAUUGCAUCCAGACAUGGUUAUAAUUGACAAUGGUUUUAAUUUUGAGCCGCAACAAAGAGUUCUUAAGCGAGUCCUGGCCUUAUGAUUUGUAUAUUAACAUGCUUUAUCGAUUGUUUACUGAAGAAGGGUCCAUUGAAAAUGUACAUUGAUGGUAAGAAGAAAAGAAAAUAAUAUGAUCAGAUAUAUUUGAAGUGGUUCA